AUGUUCCGAAUGAAGUCUCUGAAGCUUCUGGUGGUCAUCGGUGUGUCGCUGGUCCUCUGCUCCACCCUUUCCCUGGCUACCGAAAAUGGUAAGAGGCUGUAUCCCGCGUGCGGAGUCACAGAGCACACCACCUCGGCCAGCUCACAGGUGGCAUCAACCCUAUACAGCUUCUCGGGCCGCACGCACAGCUUGACAAUGACCUGCCUGGCGUACGAGGUUGUGUCUGUGCAAAACGAUCGCACAGAAGAGGACUACUGCCUUGUUCAGCAUCAGACCGAGUACAUGUACGCGCUCACCGUUCAGGCAGUCUACACCGCUGACAACGGCGCUACCGUGGUGCGCAAUUUCUCGAUUCGAGACAUGAGGGGCGGAUCCCUGACAGAGCUGACAACUACGAUGCCCACUCGCAGUCGAUUCUCCAUCCUUUUCACCAACCUAGCGACGGACCCACGGUGCAACCUGCGUGUACGUGCACUCCUUUCUUACGAGAUGGAGGACAAGUCUGGGGCGGGGAGCAGCAUACCAACUGUGGUAGCAGUGUCACCACACACAGUGUACUCGAAAAGCCCCGAUCGCAGCUUUCUUGUGCUCGACCACGGCGUUGGUCAGGUGCCGAACAGCACCGAUAUUGUCUCGCUUGUCGACUUCUCGCAGGGUACGUGCGACCGGCCGGAUGGCGACGUGAUCUACAUGGACUACUACACCACAAUACCGACCACAGUCCAUGUCGACGGCAACCGGGCCCAGUUCAGCGUGCGUGCCACCACCUUCCACGACCCCAACACAUACCGCGUGUGCUACCGUGCGCAACACAGCCAGGUGACGGCGCAGAUAGGUGUCAUCACUGUGUAUGCUGGGAACCCGGCGUACUACGACGUCGUCGGUGGUGUCAACGAGAAGGGUGAGGUGCUGGUCGGCACUGAGACGACCAUCAAGUUCUACGGCUACGACCUGGACACCCGCAAGAACGGUGACGAAGCCAAGUUUGUGGAGUUUACGAAUGAGUGCGAUACGGGCAGCCCCGCCGGUGGCGUCCCUCUUGCCAACGACUUGGAGCCAGAAGACAACUACGGACCGAACACCACCUACUCUCUGUGGAAGUGGACCAUGACCGAGGGCGGCUCCUACAAGGUGUGCUACAAGCGCAACGCAGUCAAUGUGUGGACAGAGGUGCCGUUUAUCGAGGACGUCGCCAUCGCUGAUAGACCCGGGGAGUCCACCACCCAGGCACCUGUCCCCACACCGACGCAUCCCUCCACACACGCGGAGUGUCCCAUGGCGACCGAAACGGCGGAGCACCCGUGGUUCAAGUUUAAGAGUGCCAAGAUCGUGCUCAAGACGAAGAAGCUGCCCGGCGACUUCCUGAGCACGCUGAGCAGUCUCCUCUGUCUGAAGCGGUCCAUGUUCACACUGGCGCACCUGAGGCACAGCAAAGAGGGCAAGCAGGUUGUCUUCCUGGUGCUGAACUGCGAGGAGGACGAGAACGCAGCGGUGCGCGAGUGCAGCUCGAUCGAGCGCCUCAACUACUUUGUAUCCUUGUCGAAAAAGCAACUCGAGGACCACGGGAUCGAAUCGGUGCAGGGUAGCACCCACAUGCUGGCGUUUGACGACGACGAGAACAGCGGCAAUAUGUUCGGGCUCAUUUUACUCUGUGCGAGCAUAUUGGCAGCAGCCGGCAUGGUAGUCUUCGCCGUGGGUCGUUAUAUGGAGCGGCGCCACCACUUUGUGCAGUUCGGCCUGGACGACGACGACAUUGACGACAUGUACGACUUCAACGCCGUACCGAGUUCUGCCAUGCGCAACCAGUACGAUGCGACGCCUCAGGCAGAGCCGGUCCGCAUCGCCAACUCUGUCAUCGAGAUAGAAGACUAG